AUGAGUAUGUUCUCAAAACUCCCAUGGAGCUCAGGCGGCGAGCAACAGCAACAGCAUGAAGAGGAGCAAUCCCUCACAUCGGUGCUGCCAACACCGCAAGCACGCAGCGACCUCACCUUGCUGGUCGCCAACUGCACCGAAACCAUGAGAAAAGGCAUCACGGACACCUUCGACCUCAACCAGAUUGGAAAGAUGGAAGACAUGAUGUCGAAGCUCAAGAUGGACGAGAGUGCUCAAGAAUCAGAGGGCGCUACAGAUACAGCAACAACAACAGAAAAGACAGAAGAAGAGAAGAAACGAGCAGAGGAGAAGGCACAGAGAGAGCAGGCAGAAAGAGAAAGGGAAUUAAGUGGUCCCAAGAUGCAAGAACUCCAGAAGGCAGCACUACAACACUUUGACGACUGGCGUGAUUCUGUACUGCUACGUAUCGGAGAAGUCGUCAACCAGCGCGAAGAGGCCGUAUCUCAAAAGAAGGAAGCACAUGCACAAACAUCGCGAGUUCCGCCCAAGAAGGCACCCGAGCCUUCUAAAUACGACGAAGGUGUCAUCAAGGCACUCAAAGAGCUGUGUCCUCCUACAGAGACUCCGCUUGUAAAACUGGAAGAGGAGCACCGUGCUCUGAUCCUACACUCGGUUCUCUUGCUGCUACUCAGUCUGGAGCACUACUCUGCUCACUCACGUGUGCUGCUAUUGCACCUGACAAGCAGCUUGAACCUGUCAAUCAGCUUCCUGGCAGAUGACGAAAGCAAGAUCGCUCGCGGGUUGUUAUCUGCCGUCGAGAUGAAAGCCGAUGAUGAGACCAAGAAGAAGCAGGAAGAUAACCAGAGCUCAAGGAAAUGGAAGGUUGGACUGGCCUCAGUAGCCGGUGCAGCUUUGAUUGGUGUUACCGGUGGUUUAGCAGCACCACUGGUCGCUGCUGGUAUUGGUUCUGUCAUGGGUGGUCUUGGUAGGUUCGCUGCGGCAUGUCUNAUAUCUUAUCUUACUGAUUAUUGUCCAGGUCUCGGAGCAACUGCUGCGGCAGGCUACCUUGGCACUCUUGCCAGCAGCUCCAUCAUCGUUGGUGGCCUCUUUGGUGCCUAUGGCGGUCGCAUGACCGGACAAAUGAUGGACCAAUACGCCAAAGAAGUCGAAGACUUCUCUUUCGUCCCCGUCCGUACCUAUCACAAACCUCGCAAGAUCGACAAAGAAUACCGCCGUCUUCGCGUUGCCAUUGGCAUUUCUGGUUGGUUGACAGAGAAAGAUGAGGUCGUUGAACCAUGGAAGGUCAUUGGACCAGAAAUGGAAGCCUUUGCCCUUCGCUUCGAACUACAAGCUCUACUCAAUCUCGGAAACUCGCUCACGACCAUGAUUCGCUCGGCAGCAUGGGGAUAUGCAAAGAGUGAAAUCAUCAAACGGACAGUCUUUGCUUCUCUUACCGCAGCACUCUGGCCAUUGGGUCUUCUCAAGGUCAGCAGAAUCAUCGACAACCCUUUCAGCGUGGCAAAAUCUCGUGCAGACAAGGCAGGAGAAGUUCUCGCCGACGCUCUCAUCAAUCGCGCACAAGGCGAGCGUCCAGUAACGCUCAUCGGCUAUUCUCUCGGCGCCCGUGUCAUCUUUACUUGUCUGAAAUCACUGGCUGCAAGAAAAGCAUUUGGUCUUGUCGAGAACGUCGUCUUGCUUGGUGCACCCACCCCUUCUACUGCGGCAGACUGGCGACUUAUCCGUGCUGUGACCACAGGAAGGGUUGUCAAUGUCUACUCGACCUCUGAUUACAUCCUCGGUUUCCUCUAUCGCUCGUCAAGCAUUCAGUACGGUGUCGCAGGCCUUGAGCCAGUCUCUUAUGUUCCUGGCGUCCAGAAUGUUGAUGUCACUGAUCUCGUCGCUGGAAACCACACUUCCUACCGCUACCUCUGCGGCCGUAUCCUCCGCAAGAUUGGCUUUGAAGAUGUCGACCUCGCAGCUGUUGAGCAAGAGGAGAAGGCACUUGAACAAGCCACCAAGGCCGAAGAACAAGAACGCAAGCAAAACGAAGCCAACACUGAAGGAGGUGCAACUUCAGAGGCAGAAGUUAAGGAGAUGGAGGGUAAAGUGCAGCAAAAGAACGAGGCAUCCAUGAUGGACUGGGCCACUGAAAAGUUCAAGGCUGGUGGUGCCUCGGCAUCGAGCGCAGCAAGCCAGGCAAGAGAGUGGGUCCAGAGGACUGCUAGUCCGAGAACUGGUGACCAGAGUGCUAGCCAAGAUGUUGGUGGUGCGGCUGUAGCUGUUGGAAGCAGUCUGAUCUAA